AUGACGGGCUGUAGAUCAUUCACCCGCUCGUGGCUUUUUCGGUUGGAUGGUGCGGUUUAGGUGUGACGUAGUUUCUUGCAUAACUGUAGGAUUUGUAUAUGAGAACAUUAUAUACACUUGUACCUGCUGAUGGACGAUUACAUCCCGGAUAAUAUCUACACGUGACUGUAAGCAGGUGCAUAUAGGAUUGAAAGCCGGUCGAAGCUACUGAUUCAAUAUGGUCGGGAACAGGGAACCGGCGUAAUGGAAACGAACGCUGUGGAGGCAACCACGGAAGGCGAAGAGGUUAUGCCAACGUUGACUGACGCUUUCAGAAAGAGGCUAAACGGAAGUAGCAAUGACGUGAGGCAGAUGUCAAUAGGUGCAAUCGCUCUGUUACGUCACGACGAAAGCAAGCUAUACCAGCAAGCCAAACAUCUCGUCAAAACAAACCGACCACUUGCACGUGCAAUAUUCACCACCAAUAUCGGAGGAUGGACACCGCUUCACGCAUGCGCACAGAAAGGUUCAAAGAAGCUUGUGAAAGUUAUGUUAAGUGCUGGUCUGGAUGUGAAUUUUCCCAUGGGAAAACCCGAGGGACUCCCUGGGAAAUGUACAUUGCUGCACAUAGCUGCGAAUUCAGGGCAUGUGAAAAUUAUGGAUUAUCUCAUCGGUCGUGGAGCUGACGUGAAUGCGACAGAUUCCUACGGAAGGACUCCGUUGUUUUAUGCUAACAGGGCGUCGAAACGGGAGGCGGUCAAGCUUCUCCUUGAGAAAAAUGCUGAAAUUUUGGAACCACAUGUGAGAACCAAAUCGAGGCUUCCAUCGGAGUGUACGACGCCGGAACCAAGAUUGACUAAUUUUUGUUUUCUCAUUCACAAACCAUGAUUUAAGAUUUUAUCUUGUGAUACUUUGGGCAUGCCCUUUUAGGGGAGGAACACACAGCCACUGAGUCAAAUGUCACAUACAUCUGUUAUUUGUUACGGGUACGUCUCACGAUUGCUUCACUUUCAAUCAAAUAUUGUUUUCACUUUAUAUUUGACAGCCUUACAGGAGCAUUCAAAAGUUGCAUCCUUGAUUAUCAAGUGUCUUAGAUCGCCAUUGUUAAGAUAAAUAGCUUCUUCGAGUGGAGACCGCCUCCCUGAUUUAGUGGAUCAGGGUCCGCCCGCGUCAUACCAAAAGACGUUAAAAGAAGGUACUUGUUGUUACCCUGUCUGACGCUCGGCAUUAAGGGGCUAAAACAAGGACUAGUCGGCUCGGAGUCAGUAUACU